AAAGUUAAAGUUAAAAAAUCAUCAUAUAAUAAUCCAGAAAUUGCAAUACAAACGAAAAAGGGAGGUUUGUGAUGAUUUUUCAAUCUUUUCUACUAGGUAAUCUAGUAUCCUUAGGCAUGAAGAUAAUCAAUUCGGUCGUUGUGGUCGGACUCUAUUAUGGAUUUCUGACCACAUUCUCCAUAGGGCCCUCUUAUCUCUUCCUUCUCCGAUCUCAGGUUAUGGAAGAAGGAGAAGAAGGAACCGAGAAGAAGGUAUCAGCAACAACUGGUUUUAUUAUGGGACAGCUCAUGAUGUUCAUAUCGAUCUAUUAUACGCCUCUGCAUCUAGCAUUGGGUAGACCUCAUACAAUAACUGUCCUAGCUCUACCCUAUCUUUUGUUUCAUUUCUUCUGGAACAAUCACAAACACUUUUUUGAUUAUGGAUCUACUAGCAGAAAUUCAAUGCGUAAUCUCAGCAUUCAAUGUGUAUUCCUGAAUAAUCUCAUUUUUCAAUUAUUCAACUAUUUCAUUUUACCAAGUUCAACGUUAGCCAGAUUAGUCAACAUUUAUAUGUUUCGAUGCAACAACAAGAUGUUAUUUGUAACAAGUAGUUUUGUUGGUUGGUUAAUUGGUCACAUUUUAUUCAUGAAAUGGGUUGGAUUGGUAUUAGUCUGGAUACAGCAAAAUCAUUCUAUUCGAUCUAAUAAGUACCUUGUGUCAGAAUUGAGAAAUUCUAUGGCUCGAAUCUUUAGUAUUCUCUUCUUUAUUACCUGUGUCUACUAUUUAGGCAGAAUGCCGUCACCUAUUUUUACUAAAAAACUGAAAGAAACCCCAGAAACGAAAGAAAGUGAGGAAGAAACAGAACAGGAAGAAGAGGGAUUCACCGAAGAAGAUCCUUCUCCUUCCCUUUUUUCGGAAGAAAAGGAGGAUCCGGACAAAAUCCAAAUCGAUGAAAUGGAAAAGAUCCGAGUGAAUGGAAAGGACAAAACAAAGGAUGAAUUCCACUUGCACUUAAAAGAAGCAUGCUAUAAAAAUAGCCCAACUUCGUUAGAAAUACUUAAAGAAGAAAAGAAAAACUUCUUCGGGUUUGAAAAAUCCCUUCUUUUUCUUCUUUUCGACUAUAAACGUUGGAAUCGUCCAACGCGAUAUAUAAAAAACAAUCGAUUUGAAAAUGCGGUAAGAAAUGAAAUGUCACAAUAUUUUUUUUAUACAUGUCAAAAUGAUGGAAAACAAAGAAUUUCUUUUACAUAUCCACCCAGUUUAUCAAUUUUCUGGGAAAUGAUACAAAGAAAGAUUUCUUUGGAUACAACAGAAAAAUUCUUAUAUGAUAUGAUGAACUAUCCAAUAAUUGGAUUUCUACAAAUGAACAAAAAAGAAACAGUUUAAGCAAUGAAUUAAAUAAUAGAAUUACGGUUCUAGACAAAGACAUUUUUUAUAUAGAUGUACUCGAUAAAAAAACAAGAUUAUGCUUAGAAAACAAAAUAGUAAAUUAAUAAAAAAAUGGAUACAUAGAAUAAAUACCAAAAAAGAUACGAGGAGAUUCGACCCCCUC